AUGUCUAGCAACGGCACUCUAGCUGCUCAACACCCUACCGGAGCCAUUGAGGCGGCCGCAGGGCCCAUCGACGACGGCGAAUUCGACCCUGCAGACUGGGACGUGUCAUCUGUCGAUUCGGCGUCGCUGUCCUCUAGCGUUUACUCUCACGAGUACGAGAAUGGACGUCGCUAUCACAGCUACCGCCAUGGCCGAUACCCUCUGCCAAACGAUGACCAAGAGCAGGGUAGAGAGAACAUGAAGCACGUCAUGAACCUCGAAUUAACCGUCAGUCCCUCAAUGCGCUACGAUGGAAAGCUGUUCUACGCGCCAAUCGGGGAUAACCCCCAGAAAAUCAUCGAUAUUGGGACUGGCACUGGAUGGGCGCUAACUUUUAAUGGAGUCGCCGACCUCCUCCCCGCCGCAUCAGUGCUAGGCAUUGACCUAUCGCCAAUUCAGCCGGGGUGGGUUCCGCCGAAUGUCAAGUUCCUUGUGGACGAUGCCGAAGACGACUGGCUGAACGGAGACAACUUUGAUUUUGUCCACUUCCGCAUGAUGGGCAUGGCCCUCAAGAGGCUCGACAAAGCCUUUGGUCGCUUCGGCCUGCAUUUCCAUAACGCCCGGGAUCUGGGGCCUCGUCUUGAGGCGGCCGGCUUCAAGAACAUCCAGUGUGAGGUUAAGAAGGUUCCCAUUGGAACCUGGCCCAAGGACAACACCUUGCGCCUCGUUGGCAAUUACAUGAAAGAGACCGCUGCCGGUAUCGCUACGGCGUUCGUUGGUAAGCCGUUUGAGGCACUGGGUCUUUUGGAGGUGGAGAGGCAGGUGUGGCUGGCAACUGUCAAGAAAGCCCUAGAAGACAGAAGCAAGCAUCGCUACUUCAACCAGUACUUCUGGUACGCCCAGAAGCCGGAAGACGCGCUCGAGAAUGACGGUCCCGAUGCAGGCUCUUCUGAUGAGGAGGCAGCCUGA